CGCAUGCGCACGGGCGGGGGCACCGCCCUCGGCGCUUGCGCAGUGGCGGCGGGCGGCGAAUUUGGAGCGGCAGCGGCGGGAGAUGCGGGAGGCGCUGCGCGGCCGCUCGGGCAACCGGCCGCCCCGGGACGGCGGGGCUGGCUCCGCGCCCGCUAUGCCGCCGCCGGGCAGCGGCUGGGCCCGCACCCGCGCCGCUCUGGCGCGGCUGGAGGCGGCGCUGCGCUGCUCCCGCUGCGCCAGCGGCCUGCGCGAGCCGGUGUCCCUGGGGCGGUGCGAGCACGUCUUCUGCCUAUCUUGUGUGGGUGACUGCGUUGGCAGAGAAUGCCCAGUGUGCCACAUGCCAGCCUGGGUGCAAGAUGUGCAGAUAAACCGGCAGCUAGAUAACAUGAUCCAGCUUUGCGGCAAACUGCGGCAUCUACUGGGUGAGGACACCGCAGAUUCAGCAGAUGUGUCUGUACCAGCAGACCCAGACUGUGAAACAAAGAGUAAGAAGGAACAGAUAAAGAUGUGGUUCAGCCCAAGAAGUAGGAAGAUUAGAUGCAUCCUAAACAAGAGUCGGUCAGUAACUACAAGCAGUAACGUUUGUCAAGACCCAUCUUCAAUUUAUGAUUUCUUUCCUUCCCCUCCUCAUGAAAAGCCUUCCAAACAGGCCAAAAAGCCAACACAGAAACUGAGUAAGAAGAUGAAGAAAAAACGUCUAGCAGACAUCAACAAAGUGUGGGGCUUAGAGAAGCUUGAGCAGAAAGGAGAAGUUGAGGAGAAGAUCUCCAAUAAGGAAAAGUGUGUGAUGAUUUGCAGUCAACCAGUAGUCCUAUGCACCCCAGAACCAAAUAGCCCUGAGGAGGCACUUCAGCAGGAAUCUGUAAAGGAAACUGAUUCCAGCAAAAAUAUGGAAGAUAUGGAAAUAUCCCCACAGUUAAGAUCCUCAGAGAAGAAAAAUACCAGUGAGUUUGUGUGUCCUGCACAAGGCAGCAAGCAAGAGGUUUGUGCUCCAGAGAAACCACUGUCAAUAGAAAAUGAAGUUACGCCUUUAAAACGUGGAAGGGAGCAAUUCACGUUUCCAGUUAGUUCUCAAUCUAAAAGACCAAGAAGAUCCGAGAGGAACGUUAUUAGAAAUUCAGGCAGUCAAGUGGCUUGCUUAGAGGAGGUACCUCAGGGCUGUCCCAGCUCCCCAGUUGUUGAAAACAGAAGUCCAGUUCAUGUUUCUUCCUCUGUAUCAAAACUCUCUGGUGAUACCUCAGUGAAGACAAGAAGCUCUGGAGUUGCUCAGGAAAAAAAUAGUCCUUCGCUUUCAAAAGUUCCUUCUACUCCAUCUGCUUCUAAGACUUGUAAUCAGAGAGGAAUGCCACACAGUCCUGUGUUGAAGUCUCCUGGUAAUAACACGAUUGCCAGAAGAAAUUACAAAGGAGAGACUCUGCUCCACAUUGCUUCCAUCAAGGGUGACUUAGCAGCUGUUGAAGAGCUACUGAAAAAUGGAGCUGAUCCUAAUGUUAAAGACAAUGCUGGCUGGACACCACUGCACGAGGCAUGUAAUCAUGGGCACAGAGAGGUGGUGGAGCUGUUACUGCAACACAGAGCACUGGUGAAUACUACCGGCUAUCAGAAUGACUCCCCGCUUCAUGAUGCUGCCAGGAACGGGCAUGUGAACAUUGUUGAGCUGCUGCUUUCGCAUGGCGCCUCCCGUGAUGCAGUUAAUAUAUUUGGUUUGCGGCCUGUGGACUAUGCGGAAAGUGAAAAGAUGAAGUCUGUGCUAAUGUUACCAGUGAGGAAUGCAUCACUUUCAUUUAGCCAACCCUCUGAGCCAGUGAGCCCUAGCCAGCCAAGGGAGGGGCCUCUUGGUCUACUCGGGAGCGGUCUUAGCUCAGAGCAACAGAAAUCGCUGAACAAGUUAGCAACGAUUCUGAAGGCUCGAAGAUGUACAGAAUUUAACAGCACAGUAACUCAUCUUGUUAUCCCUGAUGUUCCAAUGCCGAGCACUGUCAAAUGCAUGAUGGCUGUUCUGACUGGAUGUUGGGUUCUCAAGUUUGAAUGGGUACAAGCCUGUCUGCAAACUAAGGUUCGAGAACAAGAAGACAAGUAUGAAAUCCAAGGUGGCCCACAAAGAGGCCGGCUCAACAGGGAACAGCUGCUGCCAAAGUUGUUUGAUGGAUGCUACUUCUAUUUUUUGGGAUCUUUCAACCGUCACCAGAAGAGUGAUCUUGUGGAGUUGGUCAAAGCAGCAGGAGGACAAAUUCUGGUUCGACAGCCAAAACCAGACAGCGACGUGACACAGACAGUCAACACGGUGGCGUACCAUGCAGAACCUACUUCUGACCAGAGAUUUUGCACGCAGUAUGUGAUCUAUGAUGUGUCUUCUAAACUCAAGCCAGAGAAAAUUCGUCAGGGUAAGGUCUGGAUGGCCCCCUCCAGCUGGCUUAUAGACUGUGUAAUGUCAUUUCAGCUGCUGCCAGUAAAGUGAAUAUCCCUGUAUCAUGAGCAAGAUUUUAAAAGCGGUGAAUCUUGAGCAGUUGGAAAGCGCUGGUAAACACUGGUCUGUGUUGGGGGGCAGGGAGAACUGAAGCUAUGAUUCAUCUUUUGCACUUAGCAAUACAGGAGAGCUUUGAUUACUUCAAGUGAUAUAUGAAGAUCACUGAUAUGUUGGAAAAAAUGAUUUUGCUAUGGAGGAAGGAGGUAAAGAUAAUGCAUUGAAAAAAUAUGCCUUCAGUUACUUAGUAAGCUUUAUUUUACAUUUAACUUCACUAUAAUGAUCAGUGACAUACUUUGUAACCAAGACUUUACAAAACAAAACCUGUUGCACCAUUCUUGGGUUUUAAACCAGCCCUUCACAGGCAAUAGAGCAUGACCACACUCCUCUUGCAUCUAAUGUCUGUUGACAAGGAUCUACUGUACGUGUCAAGAUCUCCCAGCCAGGCCAAAAUUCGUAUUUAAAAACAAAACAAUAAAACUUUAUGCAUUUGAAUAUAGUCAUUUGCCUAUGUAGACAUCUCUUCAUUUGGACAAGAUGUUAUAUUCUUCAUAAUGUUUUACAGCUGAACAUUGCAGGAAGUCCUUGUCAAAGUGUCAUAGGAUAAGCUCUGUGGAAAUUAAAGUAGAACUAGUGGCCUGAAGCCAUGUGACACUAGACGUUCUUGAAACCCGUAUCUUUAAAAAUCUUAAUGUAAAUUUAGUUAUUUGUAGUGAGAGUAAUGCUCUAUCUAAAUCCAUCCUCCUUCACACUUGUAAAUGUAUAAUCUGUGUAAGAUUCUAUUUUCUGGAUGUUUUAAAGGAUCAGAUUCUCUAUAACAAUCAAAUAUUACUGUACUUACAGGUGAUUGAUAUCAUGGUUACUUUGGAAAAAAAAUGCAGCGACCACAAAAAUAACUAUGCUUCACUUCUUACACAAUUGUAUGAGCUUAUCUGGCUACAUUGGAGUGACGCUUGAUUCUUGCAUAUCUGUAAUAAUCAAUUUUUAAUUAUUUCAUAAUAAGUAUUGUCAGAAUCUUGCUCUCUUUCUCUCAUUUUUUUGUAAGAACUGUGUUCUUAUGUCGCGUAAUACUUUUAUCUUGUGUGUUGCCUUUAGUUUUGGAACUCAUAAUGUGAAGAUGGGGUCUUGGAUUGAUUAUUACAUAAUGAGAAUGAUGAUUGUGGAAUAAAACCAAGCUUUUGUGUUCAUAUUUUUGUAUGUAGUCUUAUAAUAAAACCUCUACUGCUGGUCA